CCUCCGCCCGCCGAUUAGAAACAACGCAGCCUGGUCUGAGACCGAAUCGUUCGCAUGAUGGGCGGCGGAUUAGAUCGCGAUCUCCAUCUGCCGGCUGCAGCCGCGUCCGUGUCCUGUGGUGGGCGGUGGCGCUGGGCAACCUUGCUGGAUUGGGAACGCUGCCGGGCGGUGGCGGUUGCAAGGUGACUGGCGGCUGACGAGGAGCCAGAGCCAGAGCCAGAGCGAGCGUGGAAUGCCUUUCGAAACCUCUUCCCUGCCGCGCUCUGCUCCUCCCUGUGUCAUCCCGUCCGUCAUUCUCCUGGGUGACGCUGACGAGCGGGUCCGGCAGUGUUUGUUCCGUCGCCGUCGGGAUGGGCGAGGGGAAAUCGUAUCGGCCGUCGUUGUGAAUGGCGAUGAUUGAGGUGCGUGGCUGGCUGGCGGCUAGCGGUGACUGCGAGAGGAGCAUUGCUCGUACUACGUGUCAUUGACCGAUCUGCCCCCCGUUUUUUAGCUCCAGCCCAACAGAUUUUUAGAGAGAGAGAGAGAGAGUUUGCAACGGAGUGCACUGUGCACGGCGAAGGCCAAGGCGGAGAGGUGGAGACAAAGAUGCACCAUCCACCCGUGCCGAACAAGAGCAGGACGGAGCAGCCGGCAGACGGGCAGAGGGGGCGGCGGCUAGCACCUAGCAUAGCAUAGGCCCUGCGAUGUGAACAGACGCCCGGCGGCGGCGGUGGCGGCGGGCGGAUCGUCGUCCGACGGGCGCGGGGUAGGACGGUCCCACUCCCGCCACCUCCACCUCGCGGGGUGGGCCCAACCCCCGAUUCCCCGAUGGCGAACGCCGGCAGCCAGAGCCACAGGCCGCACGCUGGACGGCUGGAGCCGCCCGUGCGGGGCUCACGCUCACCCGCCUGCCGCAUCUUCUGAAAGCGGCUCUAGCCUUUCGGUUUCGGGGGGGAAGUCGACGUGGCCGCCGCGCGGCCUCUAGCCGGCAUCGGGGGCCCGCCUGUCUGUGUCGUCCGGCCGGGCCGCGCCCCGGAUCUUUGCGUCCCGUGGCCCCGGCCCCGCUGCGCUCGGCUUCUCUGAAGCCGGAGAGAUCUCUGCGUGCCUUGCCCACUCUCGCUAGCUGCCAUUCCCAGGUUGCCACCGCACCUACCCCUUGCCCUCUUGGCCGUCGCCGUCCAUGUGUCCUCCGCUUCCUGCCAAGUGCUGCCGUUCCUGUACGCACCUGUGCGGCUGUGCCUCGCCUGGUGUCGAGAGUGAGCGGCCGCUGAUGCUCCCCGAGAGCCGUACGUGCCAUGUCUGGUCGCGUCCGUCGAGCAGCCAGCAAGCGGCAGGGCUGCGUACCGUCCUUCGCUUUUGUCAAGUUACCAGAAAUGGACACCGGCUCCGAGAACGGUUUACCAGGAAUGGACAAGUUCUGAACGCGUACGGCCAGGGAGGACGUACACGUCCGGGCUACGGCUGCUAGCGGCCACAGUCACCGCUGUCCCCCCCCCCCCCCUUCGACAAUUCCGUCCGGCCGCGCACCUCAGUCCCCGGCUGCAUCGACGGCUAGCCGGAGCAGCGGAUCUCUCUCGUCGCGCGCGCGCACUCGCGCCGGGAAUCCGACGGAACCGCGCCUGUCCCCGCCCCGACCCCAAAGGCAUUUCCUUCCCGCGGCGUCCCGCCGUCCCGGUCACCCUGACGUGGCCCGCGAUUCCUCGGUGCCUAUUCUAUUGCGCGCUGCACCCCGCGGUGGCCACCGGCAGUGGCAACCCCAUUCCGCCUCCCUUCGCCGGGAUUGGAUUCCGGCCGGCCGCCGCCAAUAAUUCAUCCGGUCCGGCCGGCGCCGCUGUUCGUGCGGCUACCCGCCGGUCUGGAUCUCAGCAUCGCGAUGCGCGGCCACAUGCGCGCGCAUAUAUUAUCGCCGCCCUUUGACGCCACUUUGCUCGGCUUGGAUUCGUUCGAGGAGAUUUUUGCUGCUGUGACCUCCAAGAUGAUCGGUGAUCCGGCGUAAGGAUUGGUGCAGUAGUGGCUUUACAGCGCUGUAGAGGGAGGGGUGGCGUUUAACUGAAGCUCGGGCUACUGAAAGAAGAACCUAGCGAAAGUGGAAGGGUUUCGCCGGCUCCGCGAAGAUGCUGCCCUACUUUGAUCCGGAGUACGAGAACUUCAACCAGCGCAUCAACCCUCCCAGGGUGUGCAUCGACAACACCACGUGCAGUGACUGCACCUUGGUGAAGGUUGACAGCAUGAACAAGAAUGGCAUUCUGCUGGAGGUGCUGCAGGUCCUCAGUGACCUCGACCUCCACAUCUUCAAGGCCUACAUCACCUCCGAUGGCGGGUGGUUCAUGGAUGUGUUUCAUGUCGUGGAUAAGCAAGGGCAGAAGGUUACUGAUGACAAGACCAUCAAGUACAUUGAGAAGGCUUUAGGUCCAGAGAGCAAUCUGCUCGGCGCAAAAGGCAGCAACUCGCCGGGGAGAUCGGUCGGGCUGCACUCCAUCGGCGACCACACCGCCAUCGAGCUCAAGGGCCCCGACCGGACGGGCCUCCUCUCGGAGAUCUUCGCCGUGCUCGCCGACCUCCAGUGCAACGUGCUGGCGGCCGAGGUGUGGACCCACCGGAUGCGCGUCGCCUGCGUGGUGUACGUGAACGACGUGGCCACGGGCCAGGCCAUCGACGACCCCUGCCGCGUGUCCCGGAUCGAGACCCGGCUGCGGCACGUGCUCCGCGGGUACGGGGACGGCGGCGGCGACGACGGCUGCCGCGGCGCGCUCGCCAACUUCGCGGUCGGGUCGGCGCCGCACCACGUGGACCGGCGGCUGCACCAGCUCAUGCACGCCGACGUGGACGUGGACGGCGACGGAGACGGCGCACCGGCGGCCGGCGGCGAGGGCGGCAGCAGGCCGGUGGUGACGGUGGAGCACUGCGAGGAGAAGUCCUACUCGGUGGUGAACGUCAGGUGCCGGGACCGGUCCAAGCUGCUGUUCGACAUCGUCUGCACGCUCACGGACAUGCAGUACGUCGUGUUCCACGCCGCCGUCUCGUCGGAGGCCAACUACGGCAUCCAGGAGCUGUACAUCCGCCGCAAGGACGGCAAGACGCUUCUGAAAGACGAAGCGGAGAGGGUGAUCAGGUGCCUCGAAGCAGCCAUCUCCAGACGAGUAUCCGAAGGCUUCACGCUGGAGCUGUGCGGCAGGGACCGGGUGGGCCUGCUGUCGGACGUGACGAGGGUGCUCCGGGAGCACGGGCUGACGGUGACCCGCGCCGACGUGACGACGGUGGGCGGGCAGGCCACCAACGUCUUCUACGUCCGCAACCCCUCCGGGCAGCCGGUGGACAUGAAGACCAUCGAGGGGCUCCGGGGGCGGGUCGGCCAGACCGUCAUGCUCAACGUCAAGAGCGUCCCUGCCGCCGUCGCCAAGGCGCCGGAGCCUGGAUCCGGCGGCAUGGCCAGGACCAGCUUCUUCUCCUUCGGCAGCCUCUUCGCCAAGCUCCGGGCCUGAGCAAAGUGAUCCCGGUACCGGCUCCAGUUGUGUAAUUGGUGUAGAGAUGAGCUGAGAACUAGAGUAGUGGUGGAGGGGGGAGAGAGACAGAGCAACUGUAUGUGGCAUGUGGCAGCUGUGGUUGUAUAGUUCAUAAGGAGCCUCUACCAGACUGGUGGCUAUGUGCAAUGCAGGCUGCAGACUGCUUGUUGAGGUGCGUCAGUGCACUGGGCUACCUGAUCAUCUGAUCUGCAUCGUUUCGCAUCCAACAUCCUGUAAUCUGUUCAGCCUGUCUCUAAUUGGUCAACCCCUCAGCUAGCUGAACAUUUCAGCAUUUGGCUCU